GUGUGUGUGUGUGCGCGCGCGCGUGCACGCGUAUAAAAGGCACCGUUUGCGUCAGAGGCACAUGUUCGCGUCUCACUCCUUUACCCCAUUGCAGGUACAUAGUGAGAGAACACAAGAGCAAAAAUGCGUGAGUGCAUAUCCGUCCACGUUGGCCAGGCUGGUGUUCAGAUGGGAAACACCUGCUGGGAGCUGUACUGUUUGGAGCAUGGCAUCCAGCCUGAUGGUCAGAUGCCAAGCCAGAAGCCUGUUGGUGGCCAUGACGACUCCUUCACUACCUUCUUCAGUGAUACUGGAGCUGGCAAAUAUGUUCCCCGUGCCAUCUUUGUGGACCUGGAGCCAACUGUCAUUGACGAGGUCCGUACUGGUACCUACCGCCAGCUCUUCCACCCAGAGCAGAUGAUCUCUGGCAAAGAGGAUGCUGCUAAUAACUACGCCCGUGGUCAUUACACAAUUGGCAAGGAGAUCAUCGACUCUGUCCUUGAUCGCAUCCGCAAACUGGCUGACCAGUGUACAGGUCUUCAGGGCUUCCUGGUCUUCCACAGCUUUGGAGGAGGCACUGGCUCUGGCUUCACUUCCCUCCUGAUGGAGCGUCUCUCUGUAGACUUUGGCAAAAAGUCCAAGCUGGAGUUUGCCAUCUACCCAGCACCACAGGUGUCCACGGCUGUAGUGGAGCCAUACAACUCCAUCCUGACCACCCACACCACUCUCGAGCACUCUGACUGUGCCUUCAUGGUGGACAAUGAGGCCAUCUAUGACAUUUGUCGCAGGAACCUGGAUAUCGAGCGCCCGUCAUACACCAAUCUCAACCGGCUCAUAAGCCAGAUCGUGUCCUCUAUCACCGCUUCUCUGCGCUUCGAUGGUGCCUUGAAUGUUGAUUUGACGGAGUUCCAGACCAACCUGGUACCAUAUCCCAGAAUCCACUUCCCUCUUGCUACUUAUGCGCCGGUCAUAUCUGCUGAGAAAGCUUACCAUGAGCAGCUCUCCGUGGCUGAGAUUACCAAUUCUUGCUUUGAGCCAUGCAAUCAAAUGGUUAAAUGUGACCCAAGGCAUGGCAAAUACAUGGCUUGUUGCCUUCUGUACCGUGGUGAUGUGGUGCCCAAAGAUGUGAACGUGGCCAUUGCGGCUAUCAAGACCAAGAGAAGCAUCCAGUUUGUGGACUGGUGUCCCACUGGAUUCAAGGUGGGAAUCAACUACCAACCACCCACUGUGGUGCCCGGAGGCGACUUGGCCAAAGUCCAAAGGGCUGUGUGCAUGCUGAGCAACACUACGGCAAUCGCUGAGGCCUGGGCUCGCCUGGACCACAAGUUUGACUUGAUGUACGCCAAGCGGGCCUUCGUGCACUGGUAUGUUGGUGAAGGCAUGGAAGAGGGUGAAUUCUCUGAAGCCAGAGAAGACAUGGCUGCCUUGGAGAAGGACUACGAAGAGGUUGGGAUCGACUCUUUCGAGGACGAGGAAGAAGGAGAAGAAUACUAAGAUGUGAGGCACCUCUGGAAACGUCUUGCCAUCUAUACCGAAGAAAGCACAAUGCGCAAUCUUGUGGUAUCUUCAUUAAAUAAAUAAAAAUAUAUAUAUAAAUAUAUAUAUACAGCUAGGAAAUGUUGUUUCUCAUUUGGUCAUUUGUUUUUCUUCUUACCAGAAGUGUCAGAAAAGUAUGGAAUAAAAAUAAAGCUGUAAAAUAA